CCAAAUUUCAAACCUGUAAAUAGAGUGAUUGAGCCCUGAUAUCUAUGAAAUUUAGUUCUUUUCGUUAGAAAAUAAUUUAAAGACAAAGUUUGAGUGGAUAAGGUGCGAGCCCGGCCACAGGAUCCGCCCGGCUUUUAUCUUCAAUCUUCCUGAAACUGAGUCGAUUGCCUUUGUAACUGCUUUAGUGCAGACAAAACACUCGAACUACCUAAUCUGCCGAGAAAAGAUCACCAUCAAAACCCUCGACGCCUUCUGUAUAAUACUUUUGCAUUAUGCCAGAACCCCGAUAGUAUCACACUGGCAUAAGAUCGAAACAGCAACACACGACUAGGGAGGCAGAGAUGGCCUCUCUCACCUGCACCUUGCCCCACUGUACCUAUGCUCCGAAAAGCACAUUCCUGGGCGAAGACCAUGGCCUCAGAGCUCCCAUUAACAGACAUUCAAAAGUUUCUGUUUCUUACAAUGGCCUCAGAGCCCCCAUUAACAGACAUUCAAAAGUUUCUGUUUCUUUUAGAAGGCUGGUUAUUGAGUGUAAAGAAUCCAGGAUUGGGAAAAAGCCUGUGGAAGUGCCAUCCAAUGUGGAGAUUUUGUUGGAUGGACAACUUAUUAAAACGAAAGGGCCCCUCGGGGAGCUUUCCCUUACAUAUCCAGAUGAACUUAAGUUAGAGAAGGAGACUUCUGGGCUCAGAAUUUACAAGGCUGUGGAGAAUAGGAAAGCCCAUCAAUUACACGGACUAUUUCGCACUCUUACGGACAACAUAGUUGUUGGAGUAUCGAAAGGCUUUGAGAGGAAACUUCAAUUGGUUGGUGUUGGUUACCGUGCUUCUUUAGAAGGGAAUGAAUUGGUCAUGAAUCUUGGGUUUUCACAUCCAGUGCGUAUGGAAAUUCCAAAUGAUCUCAAACUCAGUGUUGAAGAGAAUACUAGGAUUACUAUUACAGGAAUAGAUAAAGUAAUAAUUGGGGACUAUGCAGCGAAGAUAAGAAAAUGGCGACCCCCAGAGCCAUACAAGGGUAAGGGUAUCAGGUAUGCUGAUGAGAGAGUGAGGUUAAAGGAGGGUAAAGCUGGAAAGAAGAAAUAAGGCUUUUGGUGUUCAUUAACACUUUUCGUUAUUGUGGAAACUCGUUUGUUUACAUGCUGUGAAGUUAAGUAGGGAUUUUGGUCAGCUGUCUAGGGCUUGCUUCGUCACAGGUUUGUGCAUUGAAAGAAAGUGAAACAAAUUGAAAUGAAUUUACUGUUUGGCCGGUACUGGACCUGUUUUAAUUCAAUGCACUGGGCUUAACAUGGAACUAGUGAACAAGUCAUGAUUAGUUUCAGAAUGCCUGCCUUAUAAAUUUUCAAGUUUAUUUCAAAUUUUUGCA